CCGUUAGUUUAGGUUCGGUGACUUAGGCUGGUUAUGAUUUGGCAGGUUGUUCCCGUAGACACGCCAAGUGGCAUAGAGAUACUUAGCUAGUCGUUGCUUUGACUUUUAAAAAUAAGGUAAUAAGUUACAGAAUUUACCUUCCUUCCUCUUUGUUUUUCACAACAGAAAUUGGUUUUUACUUGCCAAAUGAAAGAGAAAUGCUUUUAUGGCUUCCAAUAGAACAUUAUUGCAGGGCAAAGCUAAAUCUAAUUUGAAACUUUUGUAUAAAUAGGGUAUGCUGACCAAUAUUUAUGUAUUAGUCAAAAAUAGAAAUCUCUAUGAUAAGACACAAAACCGUUUUGAUUGAGUUAAUCUUAUGAAUUUAUUACAUCAUUAGAGGUGAAAAAUCAGAGGAGGAAGAAUGAAGAAUUUGUUUAUCAGUAAAUUCCACUUUUAUUAUUACUUCAAAUGUUGUUCUGUAUUCUGGUGUGAUGUAAAUCAAUUAGCGAAGUUCCACUGGUUUGAUAUGCUGGAUUUACUUUGAUAAUCCUCUUUCAUAAUAUACAUCAUUCCAUAUGUCAUAUUUUUAUUUUCAAUUAUAGCUUUCAGCUUAUUUACAUGUCCCUAGAUAAAAAUUGCCAAGUAUUCAGGUCUGCAUUCCCCUUGCGGUUUACACAAUGCAGAUUUUAUUUUAUUUUAUUUGUUUGGCUCAAGUACAGAGUUGAUUGAUAGACAAUAUAUGUGUAUAUAUAGUUCAAUAUACGCUAGUCUAUUAUACUGUGGAUGACGUUUCUUUGUAUUCUUAUGAGAUUAUGGAUUAUGGUUGACUUUGCAACAUUAGAUUUCUUUAAUUCAUAUUCCAAUGUAUGGAUUGCUUGUGGUCUAGUGGUCUACUGUAUUUAUCAUUGAAUUACUGACAGAGUUUGUUUGACUAAGUGAAAUAUUUUGGUAUAGAGGAGAGAAGGUUGAAGUUGUUGCUUUGGUUAUGUGUAAUUUCCUAGAACUAGAACUAUAGGCCAUCAAUCUUCUGUUUUAUUGUUCUUCUUCCUGGAUUGUUUUCUAUUGCAUGUAUACGCGUUUAAGCUCGCAGCCACCAUGCGUGAAAGUUUAAACAAAUUAGCCCACUUCAGCAAUCUUUGUUCCCGAUAUAGGUUUUUCUGCUAAUUGAUUGUGAAUCCUCCCUCUCUUCCUAGUGGUUGUGUUUGUCUAAUCUGAUAUGGGGAUUCUAAAAAUCUUGCUGGUCAUCCUUGUUACUGGGUUUUGCUUCCAAACUCCAGUUUUGAGCUUUCAGAACCUGACAUGCAAUCCAAAUGACUUUCAAGCAUUGCAGGAUUUCAUGACAGGUUUAUCAACAAAAGUAGGUGGGUGGGGAAAUGAUUUCUCUUCCAAUUGCUGUAAAUGGCCAGGUAUCACUUGCAACUCUUCAUCUUCUCUUGGAUUGAAUGAUUCUAUUGAUACCUAUAGAGUGGUUAAGUUGGAGCUUCCGAGUAAAAGACUAGUGGGAAAACUAUCUGAGUCUAUAGGCAAUUUGCAACAGCUAAGGACACUUAACCUCUCCCACAAUUUUUUCAAAGCCUCACUUCCAGUUUCAUUGUUCCAUUUGCCAAAUUUACAACUGUUAGACCUGAGCUUUAAUGACAUUUCUGGUCCCAUUCCAGUUGUUAUUGAUUUACCUUCAAUCCAGUCCAUUGACAUGUCAGGAAACAUCUUGAACGGUACUCUUCCAGCAAGUAUCUGCGUCAAUUCUCAUCACCUUCGUGUGCUGAACCUAGGUGUGAACUACUUGUCUGGUAGCCUCCCACCAGGUCUUGGCAGUUGUAGUUCCUUGGAAGACCUCCGUCUCAAUAUGAAUGAUCUCAGAGGUGGAAUAUCUGAAGGUUUAGUUCGGCUGCGAAAGCUAACCCAGUUGAGAAUUCAAGGUAACCAGUUUUCCGGGCCACUGAGCAAAGAAGUUGGUAACCUCAUCAACCUUGUUUGUUUGGAUAUCUCGACUAAUUCGUUUUCAGGAACUAUCCCAGAUGUUUUCCACAGCCUUGGAAGGUUACAGUUUUUUAUUGCUGAUGCAAAUAAUUUUAGUGGUCAAAUACCACCUUCUCUGUCAAAUUCCCCAACUAUUUCUUUGCUUGGUGUGAGAAACAAUUCACUGGAGGGUACCAUCCAACUGAAUUGUUCAGCAAUGACCAGUUUGGUCUCUCUUGAUCUAGGUUCCAAUCGGUUUGAUGGGCCUAUUCCAUCCAAUCUUCCCUCUUGUAGGCAUUUGAAUAAUAUAAAUCUUGCCCGGAACAAUUUGAGUGGCCAAAUCCCAGAAAGUUUCAAGAAUUUUCAUACUCUUUCUUACCUAUCACUCUCAAACUCCAGCAUUUCUAAUCUUUCAUCUGCCCUUCAAAUAUUACAGCAGUGUCAAAACAUAACUACUCUGGUUCUCACAAUGAACUUCCUUGAUGAAGAAUUGUCAGCUGAUCCAACCCUUCAUUUUGAAAAUUUGAAGGUUCUCAUUCUUGCAAAUUGUGGGCUCAUGGGUUCAAUACCCCAAUGGUUGAGUAGUAGUAGCAAUCUGCAGUUGUUGGAUUUAUCUUGGAACCGCUUGGAAGGAACAAUCCCAGUCUGGUUUGGUGGUUUUAGGCAUCUCUUCUACCUGGACGUAUCAAACAAUUCUCUCACUGGGGAUAUUCCUAGAAGCAUAACUGGACUACGGAGCCUCAUUGAUUGGAAUUAUUCCUCAGUUCAAGAUCCUUCCCCCGAUUUUCCUCUUUUCAUGAAAAAGAAUGCAAGUGCAAGAGGAUUGCAGUAUAAUCAAGUUUGGAGGUUCCCACCUACAUUGGAAUUUCGCAACAAUGAGCUUAGCGGACCAAUCUGGCCAGAGUUUGGGAACCUGAAAUCACUUCAUGUUUUGGAUCUUGGAUUCAACAGUCUAUCGGGACCAAUUCCAAAUACUCUAUCUAAGAUGACCAGCUUAGAGACUCUAGAUCUGUCUCAUAACAAGCUCUCGGGGAGAAUACCACCUUCGUUGGUUCAGCUCAGCUUUUUGUCCAAGUUUAGUAUUGCAGACAACCAGUUAGAGGGGUCGAUCCCUACAGGAGGUCAGUUCAUGACCUUUCCGAAUUCCAGCUUUCAAGGGAACAAUCUCUGUGGCUUCCAUGCUCCCUCUUGUAGGUCAGAUUCCAAGCCAGAAGAACUGGAUAGCGGACCACCCGAAAAAUCAUCAAGAGUAGAAUUAGAAGUUGAUGGGGUUUAUAUAGGAAUAGCUGUAGGGUUUGUAUUUGGAAUCGUCUGUUUUAUUGGAACAGAUAAAUAUGUAUGGACGUGGAAGUUCUAAUAUAUGUUUCCCCCUCGUUCCCUGUGGAAGGGGUUUGGGCUGGGAUUCUUCUUUUCAUUAGCUUUGUGUGUGUGUUGUUUGCCGCAUUUUAUUCCUAUGGCUUGAGUACGAAGAGGAUUGAAUAUAGAUAGUUCAACAUACGAUCUGUUAAACUAGUUGGUAUAAGAUUGUGGAUUAGGAUGACUGAGAGUGAGAAAUUCUUUACAGAAUCACAGAAAGUGCAUUUAGAACAAGUUUAUCCAAAAUUCCAUAUUACAAAUCUGUCGAUGAUGAUUCCAUAUUUAGAUACUCAGAUUAUGCAUAGUUCAAGACGUGCAUUAUGGUUUAUUGACAGAAACCGGGCUUUGACUAAGUGAAGCAUUUUAGUACAAAGCUGGCUUAUGCAUGGGAGCUUUCAUCUACUACUAAAGUAGCUAAUUUCAAUGUGGGAGGAAUAGACGUACAGCAGUCAAGCUGCCAAGUCAUCAUGGACCAUCUAAUUGUGACUUCAAAUUUCAUACUGCAUGUAGUCUCUUCAUCCAAGCAAAGCUCGCAUUCUUUGUAGGCCUGAAAUUGAAUCUCAUAAUCACCUCUUCUUUGAGAGUCCUUACAGAGUUAUAGCCGUGGAAUCUGGACUAGUCUUAUGAGCAAGUGUGGUGAGAGUUGGCUUUGUCCUCCUUGGCCUGAUUUUAUUAUCUGGGCAUUAAUUUUGUCCAAGUUUAUGGGGUUGUAAUCAAUCAAUUAGCUGGGGUACCCUAAAUGGAUGACUGAAGUGGAUGGGGUCAUCAAAUUCAAAAACCAGACGUGGAUUUCAGAGCCAGAAGUGGAUGACUGACCACCACCACCGAGACAAUCAAGACUAGAAAUAGAAUCUAAAGGAUUUUAUGUAGGAAACUAGGAAUAGCUGUGGGAUUUGUAUUUGGAUUAGCGUGUUUUAUUGUAACAAAUAGAUACGUACGUAUGGACUUGGAAUUUUUAGCAUUUGUAUCUCCCUCCUUCCUUGUGGACCUAACCUGGUUCGACAGAGCUGGCUUCAGAAUUACAGUUUACUUUUUCCUAUGCUGUAUAUCUGUAGCUUUCUUCUGUUUUGCUUUUCUGUUGGUUAUCGUUUAUAGGUUUGGACUGUGGGAUUGGUU